AUGAGCUUGAUCAAACGAAGAACAUAUUUUCUUCUAUUGUGUCUACUUGUUUUUGUCAAUCUUACUGGAUUCUUAUGGGAACAGCAACGGAGUAGACGGUAUGAGACUAAUGUGUAUGGGAAUUCUGCGCGAGAAUUGAAACUGGCAAGAAGGUCUGUUUCGCCGGAGGGAUCUGACCCAGCUCUUGCAGAAACCAACCCGAUUGAUUUCCGGCUGUCAGAAGAAGGAGAUGAUAUUGAGCCGACACAGCGUGAAGAAAGUCAGGGUUUUAACACUCGCAAUGCUUGUGUAGCUGCCUCGGACUUUUUCUGUCCCAAUUUAAACACUAUUGCUUCGAGUUUGAACCUAUCUGAAAGCAUGGCUGGUGUGACGUUUUUGGCUUUCGGAAAUGGAUCACCCGAUGUAUUUAGCACGUUUAGUGCAAUGUCGAACAAUUCGGGCUCUUUAGCUGUUGGAGAAUUAAUAGGUGCUGCUGCCUUUAUAUCGUCUGUGGUUGCAGGUGUUAUCGUUAUUGGAAGUUGGCGAGUAAGUCAAAAUAAAAGACAUCGAUGGCUAGAACAAAGGGCUCGAGAUGAGUACGCUCCCCCAUCGGAGGACAGUAUAAUUGAAGAUAACCAUGAGCGAGAUGAAGAAACAGGCCACAAUACAACUCCUAUCUCUAUGACCGCGCUGAACAGAAAUUAUAACAUUGGUGACAGUUAUUUUUCGCCAUCGUCUUUCAUCACAAUGAACGACAUUGUAGAUCAAACGAGUUUCCAUCACCACCAUGGCUCAAAACAAAGAUCAUUACAUAAUGGAAUGAGACCUUCACUCUUUGGAGCCAUUGAGUUCCGCGAUCUUGUGAAAUCACUCAAGUUAAAUAGUAGUGCAAGAGCGCUCGGCGUAUUUGGCCGUAGCUAUUCAUCAGAAUUUAAUGACUCUAGAAUACAAAGGCCUAGAAUAGAGCGCAGCCAUACUACGCCGCUCCGUGGCUUAUAUGAAAAUCCUCGGGCUGGUAUUGACAACAUAUAUGAUGCGUUCGGUCUUUCCGGUAAUAAUAACACUGCUCGACGUGGUGCACCUAGUCUAUCACCCGAUUUAUCUCCGUACGUUGACAUUGAUCAAUAUUCGGAAGCAAAUUUGCAGUCACAUGAGACGCAAUCAGAUUCAUCGAAUACAUUACAAGUGCCGCGUUUAAAUCUCGUCCCCCCGACCCCAUCAAGAGGAAGGAGCCCAUUGCUAUCUCCAUUGCAAGUUUCCUAUUCGCCACCUUCAAUGACAGCCGACUCUGAACCUCCGGUUGACGGUUUUCCACAAUAUCUUCAAUCACCACCAUCGCCUGUCACGCCGCUUCCUUCGCCAGUGCUAUCAGCUGACGUAUCUGCAGAUGUGGAGAAUCCAGUUAAUCAAAAAUCUUACGUGAAUUCAAUAUGGGAGAAAAUUCAGCCAACUUUAUUCCCUUCCCUUACUGGUUUCGGAUCAAAAUCACUCUUUGCCAAGUUCAUUGCUUUGCUUGCAUGCCCAGCCAUUUUGCUCCUUGUUCUUACACUACCAGUUGUCGAAGCUGAUAAGCUAUCCGGCGAUAAUGAAAAACGAGCGGACGAUUCUCCAAUUACUUCACAUGCGGACCCACCGCAAAUUAUACUCGAACACGAAGACAAUGUUAUAGAUCUGUUGGAGGAUACAGAGGGAGAAAACGGGUGGAGUAGAUGGUUGACUACUUUUCAACUUGUAUUUGCUCCUGUAUUUGUUGUUGGCGUUUUCGUUGCAACUAACGAUUUCGACUACAAGGCCAUCCUUUACGCUUUUGUCGUCGGCUCCAUUCUUUCGGUACUUUAUAUAAAGACCACGGACGAUAAUCGGCCACCAUCUUAUUAUACGUUAUUCUGUUUUGCCGGUUUUGCGGUUGCGAUUGUAUGGAUAUUUAUUGUGGCCAAUGAAGUUGUUGGGGUGCUUCAGGCUAUAGGUUUAAUAAUGGGCCUGAGUGAUGCUAUACUGGGACUGACUAUCUUUGCUAUGGGCAACAGCCUCGGAGACUUUGUGGCUAACAUCACAAUAGCACGUAUGGGAUUCCCAAUGAUGGCCAUGAGUGCAUGCUUUGGAGGACCGAUGCUUAACAUCCUCCUCGGGAUUGGCAUAAGUGGUACGUAUGUAACAUUAAAAACGCAAGAACCUUACAGAAUCAGCGUCUCUCCCACAUUAUUCGUCUCGUCCAUUGGCCUCUUCAUAGCACUUGCAUCGUCGUUGGUCUACUUACCUAAUGUGGACUAUUGGAUGACGAGAAGAUGGGGAUACUAUCUGAUCGGACUGUAUAUUACAUGUAUGAUUAUUAAUGUGGUGAUUGAAUUGGUUGGAAUCGGGGAUAUUCAAUAA